AUGCUCCGCCGAAACAGCAUCGCCGUUAUUUCGACUAUCAUCAUUGCAUUGAUGUGCAGUUCUUCCUCAACAACAGAUGCCUUCUCCUUGGGUAUUCCGUCGGCUGCCUCAGAACGAUCAGCUUUCACUUCUUCUUCUUCUUCUUCAUCAUCAUCUUGGAGCACGCAAUCUACAAAUUCCCAGAGAUUGGCAGCAGGGCAGCGAAUAUGCCAGUCCGCAAGAUCAACAUCAUCAUCCAGCACACUCAAGAUGAAAGCCAGCAAUGCUCCACCACCCUACCCUGUUCGAAUCGCAGUAAUGGGUGGAGGAAACUUUGGUUUGGCCAUGGCCAGUAUCUGCGCCAGACAGGGACAUCCAACAACCAUUCUCGUCCGCAGCGAGUCCGUGGCAAAUGAAAUCAACACCAAUCACACCCAUCCAACCUACAUGAAAGGAAUUACUCUUCCUACCAAAGUGCGGGCAACCAUCAAACCAGAAGAGUGUCUGACGGAUGCUACCUACAUUGUCCAUGCGGUACCUUGUCAAUAUUCACGCAGGUUCCUGGAAGGUGUCAAGGAACAUAUCCCUGCAGGGACUCCUAUUCUUUCCGUCAGCAAGGGAAUUGAAACUUCCAGUCUGGGAUUCAUGACGGAUGUCUUGAUGGAUUGCUUGGGAGAAGAUCGACCACUUGCCUUUUUGUCGGGACCCUCCUUUGCUCGUGAAAUCAUUGAAGGCGUUGCCACCGCUGUGGUGAUUGCUUCGGAUGAUUUGGAUCUGGCCCGUGACUUGGCCAAUUUGUUGUCGGAUGACAAUUUCAAAUGCUUUACCUCGCAAGAUGUGGUCGGAGUGGAAAUUGGUGGUGCCGUCAAAAACGUCAUUGCGUUGGGGGCUGGAAUGUGCGAAGGUCUGGGGUUGGGAACCAACGCCAUGAGUGGAUUGGUCACACGUGGUUGCAACGAAAUGAGACGACUGGGUGUUACCUUUGGAGCACGUCCCAGUACCAUUGCGGGUCUUUCAGGAGUGGGAGAUACAUUUGGUACUUGUUUUGGACCACUAUCAAGGAAUCGAAAGUUUGGUUAUCGACUAGGCAAGGGAGAGACUAUGGCUGAAAUUCUCGAGUCAACGACAGAAGUCGCAGAAGGUGUUGACACGGCACUUGCCGUCGUCAAUCUGAUCAACACCAAAUGCAAGGGGUAUCGAUUGGACCUCAAGUAUCCUAUUCUAUUUGGUAUUGCCCAAAUUCUAGAGGGAAAGAUAACGCCACUGGAAGGAUUGGAAGGCUUGAUGAAUAUGCCCAUGCAGAUGGAGAAUUUUGAUGAGACCAGGAAAACAGGAAGAAUACGAGAACGAUAG